GAUCGGUCGUUGCGUGUAGGGCACUGGAGCGGUUGCGCGGAGUGACAUCGGCAGGUAUCCGGUGAGUGAGCCUGAGAGAGAACGAGGGGAGAGCAAGUCCUCGGGGCCGGAGGAAGAGAUCGGGAGCGAAGAUGCUCAACAUGUGGAAAGUCCGGGAGUUGGUGGAUAAAGCCACCAAUGUGGUGAUGAAUUAUUCAGAGAUCGAGUCUAAGGUUCGAGAGGCGACCAACGAUGACCCCUGGGGACCUUCUGGGCAGCUCAUGGGAGAGAUAGCCAAGGCCACUUUCAUGUAUGAACAGUUCCCAGAGCUCAUGAACAUGCUGUGGACAAGAAUGCUGAAAGACAAUAAGAAGAACUGGCGCAGAGUUUACAAGUCCAUGCUGCUGCUGGCAUACCUCAUACGGAACGGAUCGGAGCGGGUCGUCACAAGCGCCAGGGAGCACAUUUAUGACUUACGAUCCUUAGAAAAUUACCACUUUGUAGACGAAAACGGCAAAGACCAAGGUAUCAACAUCCGACAGAAAGUGAAAGAAAUGGUGGAGUUUGUCCAGGAUGAUGACCGCCUUCGAGAGGAGAGAAAGAAAGCCAAGAAAAACAAGGACAAAUACAUUGGAGUGUCUUCAGAAAGUGCCGGGGGGUUCAGAUACAAUGAGCGAUAUGACACAGAGCCUCGAUCCAAAUGGGACGAAGAGUGGGAUAAAAGUAAGACAGGAUUCCCCUUCAGUGAUAAGCUAGGGGAGAUAAGUGAUAAGAUCGGGAGCACUAUAGAUGACACCAUCAACAAGUUCAGAAGGAAAGAUCGAGAAGAGUCUCCAGAGAGAGGAAGUGACAGCGAAGAAGAGCGGAAAAACAACCGAGUAAAACAAACAGGAGAGUUCAAAGAUGAGCAGGAGAUGGUCACCACCAAGCACAUCCACAUCACUCAGGCCACUGAGACCACCACCACCCGCCUCAAGCGUACAGGAAACCCAACUAAAAUUGAUCUUGGCGCAGCUGCACACUAUACCGGAGAUAAAGAGAGUCCAGAGCUGACCUCAUCUGCCAGCCAUCCAGCUACAAACAAGGCUACUUCUAGUGAGGGCAGUAAAAAAGCAUCCAAUGAUCUGGUGGACCUACUGUUUGAAUCAGAAUCAAAAUCAGGCUCCACUUCCGAUCCGUUUGGUGGUUUUGCAGACUUUAAUUCAUCAGCUGCUCAGUCUUCCGUCAUCCCAGCAACACAAGGCUCAACAGCAACUGGUAAUGGAGAUUUUGGGGACUGGGGUGCCUUCAGUCAGCCAGGAACAGCCCCAUCUGUACCGCCGACCGAUUUGUUUGCAGUCUCGCAACAGAGUACCGACUUAUUUACUGCUUCCCAUCCGCAACCCACCCCUGCUGCCUCCAACACAACAGACCUCUUUGACCUCAUGGGACCUACACACGCUACCAUGAGCACAUCCCAGAGUAUGAACCUGUCUAUGAUGAGCUCUAGUUCUGUGGGAGUGACGCUUCCCGCGUCAAGGUCUCAGCCCUUGCAGAACCUCAGUCUACACAAGCAAAACACAUUGCCUGCACAGGGAACAGACCUCAAGGUUCAAGGAAAAUCGCUCCCAUCCACCUGGUCUGACCCCAGUGUCAACAUCUCCCUGGACAGUCUCAUACCAGGCAUGCAGCCCUGUAAACCAUCUCAACCCUCUUUGAAUGCCAUGAUGCAGCAAAAUAUGCAGCAGCCUAUAGGGAUGUUGCCACAGAGCUUUGCAAAUAUGAACAUCGGUGGAACCCCAGGCAUGAUGCCCGUCCGACCUCAAACCAGCCCCAUUAUGCCUGGUGGCAUCGGUAUCCCUAACAUGAUGACUGGCACUAUGGGUAUGGCAGGAGUCCCUCCCAUGAUGAACCAGGGUGUGAUGGGCAUGCCCACCACUAUGGGAAUGCCUAUGGGAUUAGCCCCUGGAGUAAUGCCACCUAAACAAGAUGCCUUUGCAAACUUUGCCAACUUCAGCAAAUAAAAGCUUUAUGCAGCCGAUCCCACACAGAUGGAAUAUUGAAGGAUUUUCAACUGCGCACACACACGACGAAAGAAAAUUGGGGGGGACCUGGAGGACUGGAAACAGUCUGGUCCUCCAUGAAAAAAAUAUCUUUUAUAAAUGAAUAAAAAUGAACUUCCAGGCAAGCAGUUUGUAGAGGUGAGACUCUGGACGGUCUGGAGAGAGACUGCUCUGUAGUGAGCACUAUUGCCUUUAUGUACCAGACAGGUUUGAGUGGGUACACAACGUCUGCUAUCAGGGUACGUGACAGGGCGCCUUUGUUUUUAUUUUUUUUCCCCCUUCUCUCUCUUUUAGGUUUAUGAAUUACCUGGAUGGGAUUUGAUAGACAUACACAUUUAAUCUCUACAUUCCCAACCUCAUGAACAGUAUCUGCUCCUCAACUCAAUUGGGAACGGCUUCUUUUUUUAUGUAGUGUAAUAUACAAGAAAUGUUCUAUUUUUCUCUAACGUGACUUAGAUUGUUUCAGUUAUUGCUGCUUCUAAGUACGUAUGUCCUGCAGUGUAGACCUGCUGUCUCCCAUGCUUCUUCUAGUCACCUCUAAGCUCACCACAUUCCCAAGGGCCAUGAGGUAUAUAGCUGGAAGCAGGACACUGUUCUUCAGCAUCCAUCAGUAUGUUCGGGGUGUUUGGAGACAUUGCUUGGAUUUGUAUGGGCAAGAAUUGUUUUUCAGUUUCCCUUUUCCUUUUUCAUUGCCCCUGCAUGUUACAUCAAGCCUUUUAGCCAGCAAACCCCAAAAUGACCCCCUUAGCUAUACUUCUUCUUGGUUCAUAGUGCUAUGUCACGUUGCUUGCACCCCUACAUCAUAGGUGUUACUGUUUGGCAGAAAAGUGCAACCAUUGUUAUAUAAACUAUCCUCCAUUGCAAGCUUUAAAUGCUUCCUGAUUUCAUGUAAAAAAGCUGAAUCAUUGCAUAAUGGAAAAUUCAUGCUACUUUUUAAUAUCCUAUGUUCCAGGUCUUCAGUAUUUUUAUGUGUUGUCAGAAUGAAAAUGUCCAUUGUUUAAGGGAGUCUUUCAGCUGUUUUGACUAUUCUAAACUGCGGACGGCACUAGGAAGGGGCUGGGGAGAGCAGUACAAACAUACCUUUUGUAGUGCGAAUAUGAAGUUUUAUUCUGCCAGGUUCUGCUGCUGUAAGGGCCCAGAUGGCGGUGCUUCCCUGUGACGUGUUCUCUCCAUUGAGCUGCUUCACAGCCCCUCCCAACUGCUCUAAGUGACAGCUGUAGCAUCCAACCAGGAGACCUCUACAGCUGCCACUAAAAGCAGAUGGGAGGAGCUAUGAGACAGCGCAGAGAGCACUUUACAGUGUAGCUCUACCUCCUGGACACCUGUAGGAGAACCUGGCAGAAUAAAAGUUAAUAUUCACACUAUUCCUGAUGUAUUUUUGCACUAUUCUCCCCACCCCCUGCUUAGUACAGUCAGCAGUUUAGUAUGGACAAAACUGUUCUUAGACUCUCUUUAACAGCCAGAGGCUGGAAUUCUGUGCAUUUGUGUGAGCACUACAUGAUCAGGAAGGGACUUACAUUCACGGAUAGCAAGCAAAAAUCUUAAAACUGUGAGGAAUUGAAACAUAUUUAUGAAACAAAAAUCCCUGUUGCCCAUUAAUCAGCAAAUUAUGAAAUCAAAGUUGUGCUGUGAUUGGUUGCUGUGGGCAGUAUAGACAGUUUUGUAAACCAGCCACCUCCUCCCCCACCUCCCUCAGUAUACCACAGUUAAAAAACUUUGCAUAGUAUGGUAGUUACCGGCAUUUUUAAAUACCCAGUUAGGGAAUGCAGAAAUAAUUGAAGAGGGUCUUCUUUUCAAGCCAAAGCAGAGAGUUAUGACCAAAAGCACAUCCAUGAAUUACACAGAGCAUUAAUUUCAGCAGGAGGAGUGUAAUACUACAUUUCUCCUGCGGAGUUGCUGCAGCGAAGUAGAACACCUGCUGUCCAGUUUCCUCACAGAUUAUAGCUGUUAUUUCAGGGACCCCUUUAACUUUUAGCUACUUCAAUUUCAGAAACCCAUUUCAUUUUGAGGUCCCAGGAUCUAGCAGUUCACUACAAGCUGCCUUGGCUAUGUGGGAAAUGUAGGGUAGUGCAGCCGGUCCCAUAAGGCUCCUCUCUCUGGUCUCGCUGUUGUCCUCGUCUGCACAGCUAAGCAUGAUUUUAGAUUUUAUAUGACUUUUUUUCUUUGUUCCCUCCUGCUUUUUUUCCUUUGUACAUAAGGCAAUGGAUGGUGUUGGGAAUCAGUUAUGAAAUAAAUACAGAUCUAUAUUAUUACAUAAAGGUGAGCUGUAGCUGCCUUCAAAUUUAUUGGCUUGAAAUAAAUAUGUAUAAAAAAAAUGAAACCUGAUUUUCUUAAAAUGUUUUAUCUUCCUUGUAGAAAUCGUACUUGAUUUUAUUUUUCAUGAGAUGACAGGAUGUGUAUGAGUGGUGGGAGAGGGAACAGCAUUUUCACAGAGUGUCGAGCCAACUGUUAUUUCUUUGUCCUUACGCUUCUGUUUUAAAGGCAUUGAUCACUUACCUGUCUCCAUAGCAGUCCAGAUGUUUUCCACCAUUAAACCUUCUGACCCGGGC